UUGUUUACUCGAUGUACUUUGACAGUUCCCGCAUAUUGGACUCUCGAUGUCCUCGUACUCCUUACAAACCAACGUCGGAAACUCUUUCGCUAGAUAGUAUUAGUGUCAAAGGUCUUCAUUUUGGUCAGCGGAAACUGCUGCUAUCGGAGAUAGAGUUCCUUACAGCUAUUUUUGAUAAGCGAAAGUGCGAUAUCAUAGAAUCGGACCACAAGCAGCGACCCGUCUUGGUGGUGUAUGCCGGAGCAGCGAACGGUUCUCAUCUACCAAUACUGUUCCGUUUAUUCGCGGAGGCUCGUUUUAUUUUGAUCGACCCGGCGCCAUUUUGUGAAGAGGUAGAAGUCAUUGCAGAGGAUGUGCAAGGCCCCAUCAUUGAGCUCAUAAAUGAUUACUGCACCGAUGAGUUAUGUUUACGGCUCUCGAGGAUGUACGGCACUCAGUAUGAUCUAUACCUUAUUAGUGAUAUCCGCACAGGGGUGCCCAAGAAAAUGCAAAAGAACAUUGAGCACACUGAGAUGAUGAUUCGUGACAAUGCCGCACAGCGAAGCUGGUGUUGGUCUUUGAAAGCAGUAGCAGCCAUGCUAAAGUUCCAUCCUCCUUACCCACCUUCAACGGAUUCAUCAGGUCAAAAGUGUGAGGAUGAUGACAAUACACCCGAUGAGAUUGAAUAUUUGGAUGGAAUACAGCUAUUUGGCGUAUGGGCACCUAAGUCUUCAUCCGAGGUGCGCCUUGUUGUGCAGGGGCCCUUCUGCCAUGGUUAUAAUGCCAAGAUGCGGAAGUACAACUGUAAGGAGCACGAGGAGCAAUGCUACCAUUAUAAUACGAGUAACCGAUACUUGAAGGACUGUGCUGCAGAGCGAAUAAUAGUUGAUCGCUAUUUGAAAUGCAUUCCAAAUGAAUAUAAGAACGACAUUACUAUUGUAUCGAACCAGAUAAGUAAAGAUUUAAAAUUUCCCUUGUUUUGCCCUCUUGAAAAUGACUUUACCGAGGAUCACGCCCGCUGGGUGUAUCUAUUGUACUCCUCGCGUAGGCAUGACAUAAUGCAUCUUUAUGAACCUUUCAAGGAUGUCAUGAGAUUUGAUACGGUUAAAGAUCUCAUAAAGCGAUAUGGCCAAUCUGAAAAGGUUCCUGAGGACGCACAGGUGUCAGGGAAACCGUUGUCUAUUGACUUUUGGAAGGCCUUUUGUCGUUGUGAUUUCGAAUCAGCUUAUUCUCUUCCUCGUAUUCAGUGGAAAUUUUACCCCCUUCUCGACCCCAAGCGUCCGCAUAGGCGGGAGAACAAGGGAGCGGAAUCUUCUCGCAACAGAACCCAGUUCGCUCGGAAGGAGUCAUAA